AUGGCAAUAUUAUUUGAAAUAUUGUUAUUGAUUGGAUUUGCUGGAGCAAGUUUUUAUAUUUGUUAUAGGAAUUCAACUGAUUUUCAACAAACAGUUGAUAAACCAUACAAAUUAGUUGAUGAUUUUGAGUCAUGAAGAAUUACCAAAAAUUAGUAUUAGACAAGACAAAGGAACUUGAUAAAGUUUUUUAAUAAAUAGAGGAAGCUAAAUAAAUAGAGAAAAAGAAAUUACUUGAAAAAGAUUCAUUAAAAGCAAAAUCAAAAGAUAAAGUGCUUUCAGAUUAAGAAUUUAAUAAUUUUUUAGAUGAAUGA